CAAAAGAGAGGUUUAGACGACAAACUUUACAAACUCUCUUUCUCAAACUUCAUUUUGUUGCACCCAAAACUUGCAGGAUUGAAUUCAACUUUCUCAUACUAAUCACUGGUUGCACCCAAAAACUCAGCCUUUAUAUAUAGGUUGAGUGACUCACACAGUAUCUGUCUCUUUCUCAGUCUUCACUUUUGUUGCACUAGAUAGGAAACCUUACACUCUCCAAUCUCUCACAACUAUCUUCCCCAAUUCUACUUUGUUGCACCCCAAAACAUAACUAGCUAGGAAGCCUUACCAACUUUUGUGUUGUACCACCAAGCUCAAUUCUCUCUCUCUAGUUGUACACACACACAUACACUGUUUUUGGCUUUGUGGUCCAAAGCACUAAAUUACUCGAAGAAGACCCAUAUAUUGGAAUUGGGUUAAUACUCCCAAUAGUAAAGAAAAAGAGCGAGAGAGAGUAUCCAAAAAUAUGGAUUGGAAUAUGGGAAACCUAAGACCCCCUUUUGUUUCUCGGCCUGAGAACUCCUCAAGCUUCCUCUACAACUACAACUAUGACUACUAUCCAGGACUAGAGAUGAAGUACCCGGCAGCCGCGCAGGGGUCGCAGCACGCGGGGGUGGCUAUUUCAGGAAUGGAAAAGAACAGUAAUUGUGACAUGGGAGGAGGAGGAGGGAAUGAGAAGAAGAAGAGACUGACAAGUGAGCAGUUAGAGUCACUGGAGAGUAGUUUUCAGGAGGAGAUAAAGCUGGAUCCUGACAGGAAGAUGAAGCUUGCCAAGGAGCUGGGACUGCAGCCUCGUCAAGUUGCUGUUUGGUUCCAAAACAGACGAGCUAGGUGGAAGGCUAAGCAGCUCGAGCGCUUGUACGACUCUCUCAAACUCCAAUUCGAUUCUGUUUCUAGGGAGAAACAGAAGCUCCAAGAUGAGGUUUCGGCAUUGAAAGCUAUGGUGAAGGACCAAGCCAUGAAGAACAUUCAAGCCUCCGCAGGUCACACAGAAAUCUCUGGUGAAGAGACGGUGGAGAGCACAUCGGUGGGAAACCGGAGCUCUAGCAGACAUGGUGGAACAAGUCACCCACAGAUGGCUCACGGAAACUAUGUUUUCAAUGUAGACGAACUCAAUCCGGUGAUGCCGCCCUACUGCUGGGGUGCUGUUCUGCCAUCUUCUUAUCCUUGAAUGCGAUUUGCUGGGUUGUUUGUAAAAUUAUAACUACUUCUCUAAUUAGUUUGAAGUUAGAAGUAGCUAGGUUAACUUUUCAUAUGCCCCAUGAGGAGGUUAUUAUUAUUAUUAUCAGCUUGUCUCCAAUUGCUUUUCGGAUCGGUAUGUUUUAAAAUUGAAUCGGUGAGUAAAUUGAAAAAGAGAUCGGGUAGAA